UCGGGUGCCCGCAGUACAUGCAGUCGCUGUAGACGCCGCCGCCGUCACGAAGUAACCAAAACAAAAGCUCCGCGAAACGUAUUCGCGGAACUAUCGCCGACCGUAUUUCGUUCGGCACACGAAACCGGGUAAUUAUCACGGGUAUAAAACGCGAUUACCGCGAACAGGCGAUUACCGGGCGUCCGUUCCGAUCCGUUCGUCGGCCGACGGACGAGUCCCCUUCGGGUUUCCAGGUGAUCGCGGGCUACGUGGGAAAACCGAAAGUAUCGCACUCGAGAUGUAUUCCGAUUCGCUCGAACGCGCUUAACUCCACCGCACCGCAUCAACAACCGUCGUCGCGCCGUACACAUUUUUCGAGUGAUUAUCAUGCCGGGUUCCAGGCAUAAGAUUUUAAGUCAUGUGUUCAGUGGAUUUUCGGAAAAGAUGGGCCGUACAAAAGUACUGGAUAUUGGUACUCAAGCAAUUGAAACACCAUUGAAACGAUGUUUGACGACAUUCGAUAUAACCCUCUUAGGCAUCGGUCACAUGGUGGGUGCUGGGAUCUACGUGCUGAUCGGCACCGUGGCCAAGGAGAUGGCCGGUCCUGCGAUCAUUCUGUCAUUUAUGUUGGCCGGUGCGGCGUCCAUGUUGGCCGCCCUUUGCUACGCCGAGUUCGGCACUCGCAUCCCAAAAGCCGGUUCCGCGUACGUUUACACGUACGUCAGUGUCGGCGAGUUCUGGGCAUUCGUAAUUGGAUGGAACAUCAUACUCGAACACAUGAUCGGAGCAGCGUCCGUAGCCAGGGCAUGGAGCGGAUUUUUCGACUCGAUGUUCGACAACGUCAUAAGAAACACCACCGUAUCCGUAUUGGGUGAACUUCAUGAGACACUCCUUGGAAAAUACCCAGACGUGUUCGCCUUUUUCGUGUGCUUACUGCAUGCAUGCAUCUUGGGCGUAGGCGUGAAGACCUCGUCCUACAUGAACAGCUUCCUGACGCUAGUCAACCUGGGCGUGAUGACCGUAAUCGUGGUCGCCGGCUACUACUACGGGAACAGCGACAACUGGUCCAGCGACGGUGGAUUCAUGCCGUUCGGCACGACGGGCGUCAUCGCGGGCGCUGCCACCUGUUUCUACGCGUACGUCGGUUUCGACAGCAUCGCCACGUCGGGCGAGGAGGCGAAGGACCCGGCCUACUCGAUACCAGUGGCUACGAUCAUCGCCAUGAGCGUCGUAUGCACAGGCUAUGUAUUAGUAAGUGGAGCUUUAACGUUUUUGGUUCCGUAUUGGUCUAUCAAACCCGAUGCAGCAUUUCCAGCGGCAUUCGCUGGGUUAGAGCUACAUUGGAUUAAAUAUUUGGUAUCGGUCGGAGCACUGUGUGGAAUGACUACUACUCUCUUUGGAUCACUCUAUUCGUUACCCAGAUGCAUUUAUGCGAUGGCAGAUGAUGGAUUGGUUUUCAAAUUCUUAGCAAAAGUCAACAAAAAAACUCAAGUACCAAUGAUCAAUUUGGCUAUAUCUGCUUUCAUGUGCGCGUUGAUAGCUUUGUUCUUCGAUUUGGAAAAAUUGGUGGAAUUCAUGUCAAUCGGUACAUUAUUAGCCUACACCAUUGUAAGUGCUUCAGUGGUCAUAUUAAGAUACCGCCCAACCAACCGUGGCUUAGUACGUGAUUCGAGCAGUCUCUUAGAAAUUCCCAAUUCACAAGCAGACUCUUUUGAAAUGGACAUGGGUGGACGCCUGAAGCCAUCUUAUAAAUUCCUAGAACCUUUCCUAGGAGAUUUUGAACCCGGGAACGUAGUUUGUAUAAGUAUUGCUUGGUUUACGUGUUCUACAAUCGUCUUGUGUGUUUACAUUCAAUUCUGGUUUAACAUACAACAUGUAAAUUGGAUGGACGUUAUCGUAUUAUCGAUUUUAGUCAGCGAUCUACUUAUAUGUAUAUUCGUAAUCGAAGCCCAUGAACAGAAUUCAACCGAACUACCGUUUAUGGUGCCCCACGUGCCUAUAAUACCAUCGCUAAGCAUCAUAUGCAACAUCGUGCUGAUGGCGAAUCUCAAUCUACUCACUUGGAUACGGUUUUUGAUAUGGAUGGUUCUUGGUCUUUUGAUUUAUUUCCUAUACGGGAUCCACCACAGCAAAGAGAACGAUGUGACAUCUUACUCGGUGUUGCUCUCGUCCUCUGAAGCAGGGAAGACACCGUGGGGCGCGAUAAACAAGUCCAGGAAAAGGAUGAAAACCGAUGAUGAUCGGAAACCGAUUAUUGACAACGAAGAACACGCAGACAACGGUUAUUACCAUUGAUUCACAAUUAAAUACCACUGUAGACGGUUACGCGCUAUAUGAUUAUUACAAUGAUUAAUUAGUGAGGAUAUAUUUGAACGUGUUGUCGGAUAAUAAUAUCCGUUUGAAGGGUGCCAUAAAAAUAUAAUCAGUAACACUUAAAUUUAAAUUACCACGUUUCGUUGAAACAUAUUGCGCGUUAUUUGUCAUAUUUUGUAGUAAUCACCACUGUAUGUCCUGUAACCGAUCCUAUAUGGAAAAUAUCCAACGACAUUGUAAUGUUUUUAAGCUUAAGCUGUUAUUGAGUUUUGAAAAUUCCUAUAUUUUUUAAAAACCUGUUUAAAAAAAAUAAUAUUAUUUUACCAAUACCGACGUAAUUAUUCUACCCAAUAAAACUAUUGUUGGUACUUAUAA